AUGACGACGAUGACGACGAUGAUGACUAUGAUGAUAGGCCAUGAAGUGCAGAGACUCCAUGAGACCCUGUACUUGGGUUGCGUGGAGGUCUUCCAGUCAAUGCGAGCCCUUGACUUCAAUACCCGGACUCAGGUCACCAGGGAGGCCAUCAGUUUGGUGUGUGAAGCUGUGCCUGGUGCCAAAGGGGCGACGACGAGGAGAAAGUACUGCAGCCGCCCACUCAGCUCUAUCCUGGGGAGGAGUAACCUGAAGUUUGUUGGAAUGCCGAUCACUCUCACUGUGUCUACCAGCACUAACCUCAUGGCAGCAGACUGCAAACAGAUCAUUGCCAACCAUCACAUGCAAUCUAUCUCAUUCGUAUUUGGUGGGGAUCUGGACACAGCUGAGUACGUUGCCUAUGUUGCCAAAGACCCUGCGAAUCAGAAAGCCUGCCAUAUCCUGGAGUGUCCUGAAGGACUUGCUCAGGACGUCAUCAGCACCAUUGGGCAGGCCUUUGAGUUGUGCUUCAAACAGUAUCUCAGGAAUCCACCCAAGCUAGUCAUCCCCCAUGACAAGAUGGCUGGCUUUGAUGGCUCAGCUUGUGAUGAGCAGGAAGAAGAGCCCCCUGACCAUCAGUACUACAAUGACUUCCCAGGGAAGGAACUCCCUUUUGGUGGAGUGGUAGAUAUGAGGCUUUGGGAAGGGGCUGCUCGACCCUCUCUGCCCAGUGCCCAGAUGCACAGUCACUUGGGAGCUACACUGCCAAUAGGGCAGCAUGUUACAGGAGACCACGAAGUCGGUAAACAGAUGCUGCCCCCACCACCGUGCCCAGGCAGAAAACUCUUCGAUGAUCCUUUCUAUGUCAACAUCCAGAAUCUAGACAAGGCCUGGCAAGCUGGUGGUGGGGCCGGAUCCCCAAAUCCUUCUGUUAAUGGCAUGAAGCCCUUUGAAGAUGCACUCCGUGUGCCGCCAGCUCCCCAGUCCAUGUCCAUGGCUGAGCAGCUCCAAGGGGAGUCCUGGUUUCAUGGGAAACUCAGCCGGCAAGAGUCUGAAGCGUUGCUGCAAAAACUCAACGGUGACUUCUUGGUGCGAGAGAGUACAACCACACCUGGCCAGUACGUGCUCACUGGCCUGCAGAGUGGGCAGCCCAAGCACUUGCUUCUGGUGGACCCUGAAGGUGUGGUUCGGACAAAGGAUCACCGCUUUGACAGUGUCAGUUACCUGAUCAGCUACCACAUGCACAAUCACUUACCCAUCAUCUCUGCGGGCAGCGAGCAGUGUUUACAGCAACCUGUGGAUCGGAAAGUGUGA